AUGUACGUUUCGACCUCGAAGACCGCCUCUUUCGCGGGCUGCACCGCCCGCCUGCAGGCCCGGCCGGUCGCGGCGAGGCGAGCAGUGGCCGCCCCCAUCGAGUGCCGGUACCGCGGCAAGGGGACCGACCUGUCGAAGGUAGAGAGCUUCAAGCGCCACACCAACGACACGGGCUCCCCGGAGGUCCAGGUCGCGAAGAUGACGGCGCGCAUCACCCAGCUCACUGCGCACCUGAAGGAGCACAAGAAGGACUACUCGUCGCGCAGGGGUCUGGAGACGAUUCUGGGACAGCGGAAGCGGCUGAUGGCGUACAUGUUCCGCACGGACAAGGAGGCGUACGCGCGCAUGGUGACGGAGCUCGGGAUCAAGGACAAGCUCUCCAUCGCCGCCGAGUGA